AUGAUGCCGCUCUGUAUAUUCGGUGUGCUAUCCAUCAUACGGCACUGUUCAGCUUGCCUUGCAACAGCCACAUCACCCGAAGCUUUGUUAUCCCUUCUGGCACCCCAGAAUCCUUUUCAAACCCCUACAACCAAUUAUUUUCAACCUCCUGCUUUCCCUCAACCCCAGACACAAGCCUUCGCUCAGCCAACUUGGGCUAAUCCUCAAUUAACGCCUGCAUUUCAAGUGCAACCGCAACCUUUUCCACUAGCGCCUCAAAUGCCCAAUCCGUUUCAACCUCCACCUAGCCCACAGACCCCGGACCCUGCUGAGGAGGUCCCCUUGACACAACCGGAUACAACGGCUGCUUCUGCGCAGCAGGGCCAGACAGAAAAUGCUCAACAAAGGCAGCCACAAAAUCCGAGAAAGAAGUCAAAAGAUGAUCGUCGAGAAGAUCGAGUGAAAGGAAGGAAGAAGGAGAACAGCGACGAUUACUACUACUACGAUCCAGAAGAUCUUCUUCCUAAUGGGCAAGGAGAAGGCGAUCCCGACUAUGUGAGUGAAUGA